ACCCUCUCGUCAAAAAACAACAACAAAAAAACGAGUCGAAAUACGCCCGCCAAUGUGCCCAGUUCUCAGAUCGCCUCACCCGGCUAUCCGAUCUGACUCCUCAAGCUUUCUAGCCGGUGGUCUCCGCUUGGUAUACAACUACAAGAGCUGCUGAGCUCGUUCGUUGUAUCCUAUUAAUCUUGUUUUUAUCCAUCUUUUAAAUACUUGUUUCUUGUAUUCGAUCGAUCUCUGCGACUUCUCGGACGCCGGUCGUUUUUGUUUUCUUCUUGUUCUUCUCUGAUAAGUUUGCUUUGGAUGAGCAGGAAUCUUUACCUCAGCACUGAAGUCUGAAGCACAGGAAGCGAUUCGAUUUGGGAAGGCUUUUUGCGUUGCUUCUUCUCGAUACCGAGGCUGUUCAGCUUACAUAGCCAGUCCUCUUUUUACAGGCCUGGUUGUUUCCCCUGUCCUCGCUUCUUUUCAUUUUCCAUCCCGACCAUUUCAGAACAACAACCACGAUCAACAUCAAAAUCAAUUAAAAUGUCUAACCAAUCAGCUAUCUAUGCCUCAUCAAGCCCCUCUUGCCUUGGUAAAACGGCCGAAGAACUCGAGGUAUCCAUGUUGUUAACUCCUCCUGGCCAUUCGUUUUGCAAUACCAACUCCUUCACCCAAGCCGAACUCGAUUCGCUCGAGGCUUUCGUCUUGAACAAGAUCGCCACCUUCUACAAAACUCACAUCCCUCGCAACUGCCACGAACAUGAAGAUUACGUCAAGCUCUACUCGGAGAUUUGUGAUGGCUUCAGAUUGACCAACGACCAUAGCUUCAACACGGCCGAUCAUAGUGGCAUCCCGCAAGGUGACACUGACAGUUGUGGUCAAACCAGUAGCCAAAGCUGAACCGGUGAGCUCUUCCAAGGCAUAGGCUCCUCUGGGCAUUCGCUCUAAAAUAUGGUGCCCAGGUUUCUUUUUAUUAUCCCAAAAGUAUACUGAAUCCUGAAUAGUCUUUAUUGACUGCAGAUGCACCUUUUGUAAUUUGUUGUCCCUCUGUUGCAAUUGAACUGCUCUAGCCUCCCAGAGAACAUGUGGAUUUUUAACAGUCCACUAAUCAAUCCCCAAAAAAGUCACCAAUUGGACUUCCAAUAUCAAGAAUUGGUGGAAGAAAAUUAUCAGAUGGCA